GGCAUUUUUCUGCUGCAAUAUGAAGUAUCAAAAAGUAGGAUGUGCCUAUACUAUAUGAGGGAUAGACCAAAAUUAUGAUUGACUAUUGAUGUGUAGGCCGCUUAACACGUAUUAUCGAGUUCCUUUUUCUAUUUUAUUGUUAUGUCAAUGAUCCUUUUUUUUUUUUUUUGGAUUCGGUUUGUGAUCCUUCAUUUGGGAAACAAAAAUAGAACUGAAAGUCAUGAUUCUGACCAUAAGCCUUAAUUAUAAUUCUGGCGCAUUCGUCAUGAUUCAUAUUUUCUUAUUUUGGUCCUAUACUAUUAAAUUUUCUGAUUUUAAUAAAGAAUAUGACCAGUGGCUGACCCCAACUAGACUUAAUAAUAAUUGUUGUUGUACUGUUAUAUUUUUCAUUUUCCUCAGUUGGGAAAAAGGGAGUAUGCUGUUGUAGUCAAGUCUGAGAAAUUCUUAUGUGACAUGUCUGGACCAUCGAACAGAUCAAUAAUUGUAUAUCAGUAACACCUACUUCAAUUUUUUUCCCGGUAAAAUGUUCUUCUUUGUGAAUGUAUUUUGUGAAGAGAGAACCUAACUCUGGAAAUUUAGUCAGUGAUGUAUGUCUAAAAGUGGAAUAUUUCUUAUUGGUUGUAAGGAAAAGCUAUGUUUCUUGCAAUUUCAUUUACAGAGAUGACAAUUGAUCAGCCACACUACCCAUCUGUUGCUCAUAAGGUAGCUGGAAACUUCGUGCUUAGAUCUACUCAAAACCGAGAUCUGCUGGCAUACCAAAGACAAUAUAAAUAUGGAAAUCAGAGUAAUAAGCCCUGGUUGCAUCGAUGUGAAGGAAAAUAUGACAUGUCGAUGGUUUCAUCCUACUCAUCGCCAGUUUUUGUGCAAGCUCCUUCAGAGAAAGGUUUUUCCAGCUUCGCAAUUGAUUUUCUGAUGGGUGGUGUCUCAGCAGCAGUCUCCAAGACAGCUGCUGCUCCAAUCGAGCGUGUGAAACUCCUGAUCCAGAACCAGGAUGAGAUGAUCAAGGCUGGGAGGUUAUCUAAACCAUACAGUGGCAUAGCUGAAUGUUUUAGCCGAACAAUGAAGGACGAAGGACUUGUGUCGUUGUGGAGAGGCAACACAGCUAACGUUAUCCGUUAUUUCCCAACUCAGGCCUUGAAUUUUGCAUUCAAAGAUUACUUCAAGAGGCUUUUUAACUUCAAAAAGGACAGAGACGGUUACUGGAAAUGGUUCGCCGGAAACCUUGCAUCAGGAGGUGCAGCUGGUGCAUCUUCCCUUUUCUUUGUCUACUCUCUUGAUUAUGCCAGAACUAGGCUAGCAAAUGAUGCUAAGGCUUCAAAAGGGGGAGGGGCUCGACAGUUCAAUGGCCUGGUUGAUGUAUACAAGAAGACAUUAGCAUCUGAUGGAAUUGCUGGACUUUACCGUGGAUUCAAUAUUUCAUGUGUUGGGAUCAUUGUGUACCGCGGUCUCUACUUCGGUCUGUACGAUUCUUUGAAGCCGGUUCUCCCUCAGAACCUACAGGAUAGCUUCUUUGCUAGCUUUGCACUAGGGUGGCUAAUUACAAAUGGUGCUGGACUAGCAUCCUAUCCGAUUGACACUGUUCGUCGAAGAAUGAUGAUGACAUCUGGUGAAGCAGUAAAAUACAAAAGCUCAAUGGAUGCUUUUACUCAAAUCUUGAAGAAUGAGGGUGCUAAGUCCCUCUUCAAGGGUGCUGGUGCAAACAUUCUUCGUGCUAUUGCUGGCGCUGGUGUCCUAUCUGGCUACGACAAACUCCAGUUACUCAUACUGGGAAAGAAGUAUGGUUCUGGUGGUGCUUAAGAUUAAGCAAUCAUGUUUGUCAUAUCUCUACUUAACAUUAAUCCUUCCGAGGAUUCUUACUUGAAUUUCGAAUAAUUAGCUACCAAACAGAAGUAUCAUUUCGUCAGUACUUAGUAAUGUUAUACAUAUUGUGGCAACUGCUGGUUCAGUUGUUGGUUUAUUCAGGUUCCUAAAUUAAGCCACUGUAGAAUUUGCCCAAUUUUGUUAGACAUGACAAGGCAUGUCUUGCCUAAAGGUGCAAUUUUUUGUUUUGUUUCUGUUUAUGGGGUAAUCUUAAAUAGAUUAUCCAGCCAACUCAAUAAUGUAGUUGAGUCUUUUCUAUGUUAAUCAUUAAUUAUUUCUGUGUUUUUGGUGGUG